AUGGACCCGGGCAUGGAAAUAAAUAAAUUCCCCGCCCUCGUAUUUGCCUCGGUCAUUGAGUACCUGGUUUUGACUGUCGGCAUUUAUAAGGCUGUUCGACUCCGUCUAGUGAAUAGGCGUUUCAACUCCGAGAUACUAUUUGCUAUAUGCAUUAAGCAAGUUAUCGAUAUUGAUGACCCAGCUACCCCGUGGGUGUCUUCGAUGAUAGACCCUUCAAUUAAAGCCCGAAUCUUCCUACACCGGUCCCGUUCUGGUAAGGGAAAACAAGACAGCUAUGUCACGACUAUUACCAGUGUCAACAAGGCAAUAGACCUCUUAACCCAGCAGACGGAAGAAGGUCGGAAUGAACAACACCAAAUCAUCGCCGAGGCUAUCUGCGCUAUGCAUCCCUACGGCAUCAAAAUCUGGCAUCGCACCAUUAAUAUCAAUACCCAUAUAGAAGCGCAAAACAUUCUAAGUGGUGCUAUUGUCCUCGGAAAUCUGCCUCUAGUUAAGUCGCUGCUCGAAGCACCAAACGCAUCGGCCCAAGUUAAUUUUGAAACUCCCUACUUUGGUCGGCCACUGCAGCUUGCGGCUGUUUGGGGUCACCUACACAUUGUCCGUUACUUGAUCGACCGCGGUGCUAAUCCACGGGCAAUUAGUUACGAUAGCGAGGAUAAUGAUGGUCGAAACUGGGACGCGCGAAACUGGGACGCGCAUAUGCCAGCGUUCGCUCUUCCCGUAGUCGCUCUUCGAGCCGCCGCCCUAGGAGGGCAUGAAGAUAUUGUGAACCUACUUCUGGAGCCGGAACAUCGACUGUCGACUACUUCCAAAGAGGAAUAUUUUCGAGCGAUUAUGGCUGCGGCGCGCGGUGGCCAUCUUAACAUCUGCCAACUGCUUAUCGCCUUGACGGGUAAAACGCUACGCUACUUCCCAAGACUGAGGGAUGAAAUAUUUGGGGAAGCAAUUGUCCAUGGUCGAGAAGAAGUAGCGCAGAUGGCACUUGAUUCUGGUAUUGACAUUAACGCAAAGCUGUGGCGAGGAGGAGGAGAAGAUGUUUCUGCUUUGUAUAUCGCCGCAUCGAGGGGUGAUAUUCGUAUGGUCCGGUUCUUACUUGAUCGAAGGGCCUCCAUAGGGCCGUACAUGACGUUGACCUUAAACCCUAUUGAAAGCGCCACCUACAGUGGACAUCAAGAAGUCCUAGAGAUAUUGCUUGAGCGUAGAGCUUACGAUGGAGGGCUCCUUGAAGUUGCUAUCAAGGGAGGGCAAGCUCGCCUAGUUAAAUGGCUCUUGGGAAAAUAUCCAAGCGAGAUAACCGGAAGUAAUCAGUAUCCACUAGGCAAUGGACUAAACCCAGUAGGAACAAGUAUGUUAUUAUCUGCUAUAACCGUCAGGAAUCCCGAUAUUAUAACCCUCCUAGUUAAUGCUGGUCUCUCACUAAAGGAAAUUUGCGAUGCGGAAUUCGUAAUACAUACGGCUGGUCUUCUUCCUUCGAGGUGGAUAGUGGAUUUCCUCGUUUCACUCGGGGUCAUAGAUCUAGAUCCCAAAGAUUAUGAAAGUUAUCAGUGGACUCCGGAGGAAGACGAACUUCUAUACUCGGAAGAGAUAGGAAGAGUGAAAGUUUCAAGGCGGACAUGGCAAUGGGUAGGCAAGCAUUGAGACUUGUAUUUCAUCAUUCGUCACUAUCCUAUGGUAUAACCAUGUGUCUCUCAGAGAAGCAGUACUUACCUAGGUACUCUUAAUGAUGCUAGUUCAAGCACGUCGGUUGGGAAAGAAACAAUGUGUAUAACGAUUAAUGAUAGCCUUACCGACGUUUAUUAAUGAAGACUAUCGACAACUAAAUACUACUUCCAUUCGGAUUUUCGCUACCUUUCUAUGGAGAGCUUGCUUACGCCGAGAAAACUACGUGCUGGAUAGACUUACAUCGUACUUCAUACGGUGGCUUAAUGAGGGGAUAAUAGACACAGACUAGUAAAGAGAAACCCCAUCUUCUUGCAUAGCUUCUGC